UUCACGGGGCAGAGGACAGCCGAGCUGUCGGUGCGGAGCGGAGCUGAGCGGAGCCGGGGAGCCGUCGGUGCUCCGGGACUGUCUGUGUCGUCGGGAGUUGGGAAGUGACCGGGCAGGAGGAGGGUUCAGACGGGCUGAGAGACCUCGGGGGUUCCGGGAGAAGAUGGGAAUAAAGUCGCUGCUUCCGAAUCUUCCCCGGCGGAGCCGCGUUGCUGUAACGUUCAGGGAAACUCGGCGUACAUUGUGUCUUUAGACGUUUUCCCCUUUUCUUUCUCUCCUUUUUUUUUCUUCAUUAUUUUUAUUUUUUGGGGGGACUCCACCACCGCUGCGAGCUAGCUUUAGCCAGCCCGCCGCCGACCCUGUCAGACAGCCAGGUACCGGAGAGGAGGAGGCGGAGGCGGCGGAGGAGGAGGAGGAGGAGGAGGAGGAGGGCUCGCUGACAAAGGAAGGUGGCGAGGGAACGAUGAACCGCUUUCGGAAGUGGCUGUACAAGCCCAAGAGGACGGACCCGCAGCUCCUGGCCCAGUUCUAUUACGCCGACGAGGAGCUGAACCAGGUGGCCACCGAGCUGGACAGCCUGGACGGCAGGAAGGACCCUCAGAGAUGCACCCUGCUGGUCAACCAGUUCCGAUCCUGUCAGGACAACGUGUUGAACAUCAUCAGCCAGAUCAUGGAUGAAUGUAUCCCCACCGGCCGGGCCAACCGGGACUUCAGCGUCAAGUUCCCCGAGGAGAUUCGCCAUGACAACUUGGCCGGGCAGCUGUGGUUUGGGGCCGAAUGUUUGGCUGCAGGCUCCAUCAUCAUGAACAGGGAGAUCGAGAGCAUCGCCAUGAGACCCCUGGCGAAAGACCUGACCCGCAGCCUGGAGGAGGUGCGCAACAUCACCAGAGACCAGGCCCUGAGGGACCUCAACCUCUACACGGACCGCAUGAAGGACGCCUUGAGACAUUUUGACAGCCUUUUCGCUGAGUUUGAGCUCAGCUAUGUGUCAGCCAUGGUGCCUGUGAAGUCUCCCAAAGAAUACUACGUGCAGCAGGAAGUGAUUGUGCUCUUCUGUGAGACUGUGGAGAGGGCCCUGAAGCAGGGAUACCUCACGCAGGACAUGAUCGACGACUACGAGCCUGCUCUCAUGUUUACAAUCCCCCGACUGGCCAUCGUGUGCGGCCUGGUUGUGUAUUCAGACGGACCGCUCAACCUCGACCGGAAAUCCGAGGACAUGUCGGAGCUCUUCAGGCCCUUUCGCACUUUAUUGAAGAAAAUCAGAGAUCUGCUGCAGACCCUGACGGAGGAGGAGCUGAUGACGCUGGAGAGGAACCUGUGCAUUUCCCAGGACGGAGAGUUGUCUUCCAACCAGAGUCUGGCCUCAAACGGCACGCCGGCGGCGGUCCAGGAGAACCGCUCCUCCUGCAGCCCCCCCGGCGACGCCGCCCGGGAGGAGGGCGAGGCCGCCGAGGAGCACAGCGCCGUGUUCGUGGGUCAGGGGGAGCAGGUGGCGGAGGUGGAGAAGGGCUGGGAGGAGGUGGAGACGGAGCUGGGGGAGGAGGAGCGGGAGCCGGGCCUGCUGUGCGAGGAGGCGGAGGAGGCGGAGCUGGCCUGCUCCAUGCAGUACGACGAGGAGGAGCUGGAGCAGCUCAACAUGAUGGUGUACCGGGUGGGGGACGAGAUGUCCACGCUGCUGUCGCCCCCCAGCCAGGGCCAGUCCCCGGCGCGCCGCCCCGCCGGGGGGGAGUCCAGCGGGGCGUCCAGCACCGAGGCCUCGCCGCGCCGCGCCCCUGCCGGCGGGCGGGGGAGGCCCGGCGCCGCCGUGGAGGAGGAGGACCGGGUGUUCUUCAUGGAGGACCUGCACGCGGCGGUGGACAGCAUCACCAGCGGCGCCCGGGACGCCUGCCGGUGCGUGGAGACGGCCCGGGCUGCGCCGCCCCGCCCCGGGCCGCGGCCCGACCCGCGGCCCGACCCGCUCCAGAACGGCUGGCACGGCGAGGCCACGUCGGAGCAGCCGUGUCCGCGGCCGCGGGGCCCGAGCUCCGCCAAGCGGCCCCCCUGCACGGCGGCGCCGCGACGCGAGCCCCCGCCUUGCGCCAACGGCUGGGAGACGGGCGUGGAGGGCACGGCGGCCGAGACCGCCGAGGUCAUCGCCCACCGCAUGGGCGGGAUGAAGCUCUCCGCCACCGUCAUCUUCAACCCCCGCUCGCCCAGCCUGACGGAGCUGGCCGUGGACAAGCUGCUGCUGCCGCGGCCCCCGCCCUCCGACAUGGAGCCCUGCGGCCCCCUGGUGGCCACCCACUGCCUGCUCAACUCCUGCGUGUGCUGCGGGAGCUGCGAGGACGGCCACGACGACGCCGCCGGCCCGGACGCCCCCGGGCUGGGGCUGGGCCUCGCCCUGGGACUGGACAAGAGCGGCAAGGCCCCCGCCUCCGGCGCCGUCAUCCAGUCCGCCGCCUGCCAGCUGCCGCUGCCCCCGCGGGGCCACGAGCCGCAGGUUAUCCCCCCGUCUCUGCGCUGCGCCGCCGAGCCGCUGGAGGAGGACUCCGCCCCCCAGGGCGGGGCCUUCCCCUGCGGACACCAGCUCAGGACCGGAAAGAGGCAGAGGGAGGACGAGACGGAGAGUCUGGACGUGAGGAGAGACACCAAAGAGGACGGCAGGAGGAGCUCCAGUUUCCAGAACUCCCCCCUCAGCUCUGUGUCAGGUAGUGACUGUGAGAGUGUGUCGGUCACCACCUGUAGUCUGUCCAGCAGUGCGUACACUCCCAGCCCGGUCAGCAGCCUGACCUCCAGCUCAGGGACUUCAGAAGACCUGGACCACCAGGAGAUCCAGCUGGCGCUGCACGACGCCAAGAUGGCGGCCAGGAACAAGAUCCGGUCCCGGUUCCACAGCAGCAGCGACCUGAUCCACCGCCUCUUCGUUUGUAUAUCAGGUGUUGCCGACCAGCUGCAGACGAACUACGCCAGCGACCUUCGCAGCAUCCUCAAGACUCUGUUUGAAGUCAUGGCAACCAAGUGCGAGCAGGGAGACAGCGAUCAGCAGAAGAAAGGCCCCGUUCUGCGCAGUGCGGUGCUGGAGGACUGCGCUCUGUGUCAGGAGACCGUCUCCUCCUCAGAGCUGGCCGCCAAGGCCCGAGAGGGCCAGUUCGAAGACCCUCCUGACUGGGUCCCCGACGAGGCCUGCAGCUCCUGCAUCGCCUGCAAGGCUCCGUUCACCGUCAUCCGCAGGAAGCACCACUGCAGGAGCUGUGGGAAGAUCUUCUGCUCGCGCUGCUCCUCCCACUCCGCCCCGCUGCCCCGGUACGGCCAGGUGAAGCCGGUCAGAGUCUGCACCCACUGCUACAUGUUCCACGUCACGCCCUUCUACAGCGACAAGGCGGCCAUCUGACCUCCGACCCCCGCACCGGAGGCACACGGUCCAGCACAGGCGCGGCUCGUGCAGCGCGGGCGGUCCAGCGGCGCCGGAACCUGCUGAACGUCCAGAGCGGGGUGUGAUGGGUGGAAGCCGGUGAUGGAGGAGCAGCAGGAGGAGCGGAGCGGCGCCGUGCGGCCGCCGUCCUCUGUAGCAGUUCACCUCCUUCCUCUACUGUUUGUUGCUAUUUGCUUUGGGUGUAAAUGAAAGAACCCGCGACGAACUUUCCAAACGCUUCUGCGAGCUUCCAGGAGGACUGGGAGUCCUGAAGAGAAUGUAAGACAUGAUCGCCAUGUAAAUAAACCAGGAGAGUUCUGGUACCUGAACGCAACGCGUCUUCAGUCAACGGUUGCCAAAUAGGGGAACUGGAAACGCUUUAAAACAUCCCAGCAGCCCCACAUGUCCCAGCAGCCCCAGCAGCUUCCCGUCCCGACCCCUUCCUGCUCCUAGCGGCUGUGAAUGUGGCAGGAAGUGUGGCUCCUCAGUGAUGGGCCGGUCCUGCUGCCUCUGCUCUGGUCCGGCAGCAGACUCUGGAUUAAAGGGAUUCCUCCUCCUCCUCCUCCUCCUCCUCCUCCUCGCCGUCGGGUCUGGCAGGCCCUCUAGUGGAGGGUUGACCUCUCUUGGCUCCCUUCAGCACCACAAUGUGUAGAAGUUAGUUCCAACCAGAGGCCUUCUCAGGUGCUGGCCUUCAGGACUCGAGGCCGCUCUCAUGGCUCAUCCUCUUCCUCACUGAUGUUUUAGUGCAAUAUUGUGACUACUGAUCGCGUCGCUCCUGCACUUUCUGCGCUCCUCAAACCGCAGGAAGGGGUUUUCUUUUCGAGGAGCAGACUUGUGCUGAAAAGUGUUUACACUGAAUUGUUUCCUUCACGACCCGCUCCUGACCUCCGCUCGGCUCAUCAGUCUGCUUCCAGCACACACGGUAUCUUCCACACACACACACACUCGGAACAUCCGUCUGGACGUCAUGUGAACGCUCUGGAGUGGCCCACAUGGCUCUGUCCGCUCUGCUCUCAAUCACAGCAGCUCUCUCAGGCAUCACUACAACCUCUCUCACUGCUCUCCUCAUCCAAACAUGUAAUCUAAAGGUUUGCUUUGUUUCUUUUAUAAAGAACAGAAAUAAUGUAUGAAGCUAUAAUUACUUUUGUGUAAAAUAAAUAAAAGAAAUCAUGCAGUAAUUAAAGGGCGGGAGAUCCUAUUGUUAUUAUUGUUUCAGAGCUUGGUCUUAUUUUAUAAAACUCCAGAAUCAUUUCCAUGAUAGCUGUGUAAAAUAUCCAAUUAAUAAAUAAUGUUCUAUAGUUUUAAAUGCCAUGUAUAUUGAAAUAAAUGACUUUUUCCUGUUUGAA